AUGGCUAGCCAACAGGACAAGUCUAUCUUCGGAGUCCCCGGCUUCGUCGUGGACUUCAUGAUGGGUGGUGUUUCCGCCGCCGUCUCCAAGACUGCUGCCGCUCCUAUUGAGCGUGUCAAGCUUCUUAUCCAGAACCAGGACGAGAUGUUGAAGUCUGGUCGUCUCGACCGCAAGUACAACGGCAUCAUGGACUGCUUCCGCAGAACUGCCGGUACUGAGGGUAUGGUCUCCCUCUGGAGAGGUAACACUGCCAACGUUAUCCGUUACUUCCCAACCCAGGCCCUCAACUUCGCUUUCCGUGACACCUACAAGUCCAUGUUCGCCUUCAAGAAGGACCGUGAUGGAUACUGGACUUGGAUGGCCGGUAACUUGGCCUCCGGUGGUAUGGCUGGUGCCACCUCCCUCCUAUUCGUCUACUCCCUCGACUACGCCCGUACCCGUCUUGCCAACGACGCCAAGUCUGCUAAGAAGGGUGGUGGUGAGCGUCAGUUCAACGGUCUGAUUGACGUCUACAAGAAGACCCUCGCCUCUGAUGGUAUUGCUGGUCUCUACCGUGGAUUCGGACCCUCCGUCCUCGGAAUUGUCGUCUACCGUGGUCUGUACUUCGGAAUGUACGACUCCAUCAAGCCUGUUCUUCUCGUCGGACCUCUUGAGGGUAACUUCCUUGCCUCCUUCUUGCUCGGCUGGACUGUCACCACUGGUGCUGGUAUUGCUUCUUAUCCUCUUGACACUGUCCGUCGUCGUAUGAUGAUGACUUCUGGUGAGGCCGUCAAGUACUCUUCUUCCUUCGAUGCUGCCCGCCAGAUCAUGGCUAAGGAGGGUAUCCGCUCCUUCUUCAAGGGUGCUGGUGCCAACAUCCUCCGUGGUGUUGCCGGUGCUGGUGUCCUCUCUAUCUACGACCAGGUCCAGCUCCUCCUCUUCGGAAAGAAGUUCAAGUAA